AUGGCGCAACCACAACUCGCUGCAGAGCCCGACUCAGCAUAUGUAGCCAUGUCCUGCUUCGAACUCCUUCUGAUCGAGCUUGUACCUAUGGCAGAACGUCUUGCGCGAGAAUAUGAAGCUUCACUCGACCAGCCUAGUAUCACAAACAAGGCAUCCUCGAAGACAAAUACCUCUACUACAGGGACAGCAAUUCCAACGACAUACGACGGUUUACCUGAGACAGAAGUGUUCAAAGACAGUGUCUAUUUCAGACUAGAAAAGCUAGGCUUCAGGGUUGGGUUGGGUUUGAGCGAGCGGUUUUCCAAAAAUAGACCACGUUUUUCCGACCAUCUGGAUGUGAUCAAGUUUCUGUGCAAGGACAUCUGGACAAUCGUCUUCAAGAAACAAAUUGACAAUCUCAAGACAAAUCACAGGGGAGUCUACGUUUUGACCGACAGCAAAUUUCGGCCCUUCUCGAGAAUGAGCAUGCACACAACUCAAGAAGCUACUGUACGAGCACAACCGCACCUCAUAUUUCCCUGUGGCAUAAUAAGAGGUGUACUUUCAAGUCUUGGUAUGAAGGCGACGGUGCAAGCGGAAACCAAUGAGCUACCGAUGGCUGUCUUUCAGAUCAAGACUGUUCCUCAGAAGACAUGA